CCGCUUACACAAUUUGGCUUCCCAUUCCAACUUUCUCUGUCUUCUUCUUCUCUCUCACACAUGCUACCAAUGGCCAAGUUACAGCUGCUCUGCAUUGCUUCCCUGAUCUCCCUUUUCACGGUGGCCAAUGCCAAAAUCCCAGGUGUUUACACCGGCGGAUCUUGGCAGACUGCUCAUGCCACUUUUUAUGGCGGCAGUGACGCCUCCGGUACUAUGGGUGGUGCUUGCGGGUAUGGGAACUUAUACAGCCAAGGUUAUGGAGUGAACACAGCAGCACUGAGCACUGCACUUUUUAACAACGGCUUAAGCUGUGGAUCUUGCUUUGAGAUCAAAUGUGCGGAUGAUCCAAGAUGGUGCCAUCCGGGUAGUCCGUCUAUCUUCGUCACAGCUACAAAUUUUUGUCCUCCGAACUUUGCUCAGGCCAGCGACAAUGGCGGUUGGUGCAACCCACCUCGCCCUCAUUUCGAUCUUGCCAUGCCCAUGUUCCUUAAGAUCGCUGAGUACCGCGCCGGAAUUGUUCCAGUCUCAUAUCGCCGUGUGCCGUGCAGGAAGCAGGGAGGGAUAAGGUUUACAGUAAACGGAUUCAGUUACUUCAACUUGGUUUUAAUCACCAACGUGGCAGGUGCAGGAGACAUCCAGAAGGUUAGCAUCAAAGGGUCAAAAACAGGGUGGAUGAGCAUGAGUAGAAACUGGGGGCAAAAUUGGCAAUCCAAUGCUGUACUGGUGGGCCAGUCUCUUUCAUUUAGAGUCACGAGCAGUGACCGCCGUACAUCAACGUCUAAUAACAUCGCUCCAGCUAAUUGGCAGUUCGGUCAGACCUUCACGGGAAAGAAUUUCCGCGUCUAGUUUUCUCUUUAUUUUCUAUAAAUAUUUUCCCGCCUUCAAUUUUCCUUCAUUUUCUCGGGAAAAUUCGAAGUUGCGCUUGGGGAGUUGAAAAACGAUUAUAGAUAUAAUAUAGGCCUAAUUACUCAAAAACUCCCCACCUUUCACUUUGUUUUCGUUUAUACCCUGACCUAGGAAAAAUGUCAUCAAUACUACUGACCUUGUCAUUAUGUUUCGCCCGUACCCUCGAGGUAUUAAAUUGAUCUCUUUUCAUUUGAAAAAGAGUUUAAAAUAAUCCUUCAUUUUUAGCAUAUAUUCUAAUUACACGUCAAUGUUAUUAAUUAUACAAAAACACAUUCUUCUUUAAAAAAUUCAACUAAUAAUAAUAAUUUAAUUUAUAUUAAUUAUCAAUAAUUUGUUAAAAAUAAAAAACCGUAAAUUUUUUUACAUCAGACUAAUUAAUUUCAACAUAAUACCGUACUUUAAUUUUAAAAUCUAUUUUCAAUUUUUUUUAAAAAAAAAUUAAAAAAAAUAGCUCCUCCUCCAUGGGAGGAGGAGCUUCUCCUUCCUUCCAUGGAGGAAGGAGCUCGCAGCUCCUUCCUCCAUGAGGAAGGAGGACGCUGCUCCUUCCUCAUGGAGGAAGGAGCUCGCAGCUCCUUCCUCCAUGAGGAAGGAGGACGCUGCUCCUUCCUCCAUGAGGAAGGAGCACGCUGCUCCUUCCUCCAUGUGAGGAAGGAGCAGAUCUGCUCCUUCCUCACAUGGAGGAAGAAGCAGAUCUGCUCCUUCCUCCAUGUGAGGAAGGAGCAGUGCGAGCUCCUUCCUCACAUGGAGGAAGGAGCAGCUCCUUCCUCCAUGGAGGAAGGAGCUUAUUUUCGUAAAAAUAAAAAAAAAAUGAAAAAAAUAAUAUUAGCGGUUUUUUUAAAUAGGAGUACGGUAAUAAAUAGGACUUAAUAAAACUAUGUUAUUUUAUUUAUUUAUUUUAUUUAAAUUAAAAAAUUAAUUAAUUUUGGGAUUUAUUUGAACGUUUUUAAAGAUGAAGUAUUAGUUUGUACAUUUUUUAAUAGAAAAAGGUAUAAAAUAACCCUUAAAUUUAGUUGUUUUUAAGAAAUCAUCUUUUUUUUGAAAUUUGGGGUACGGGCGAAACAUAAUGACAAGGUCAGUAGUAUUUAUGACAUUUUUUCUAGGUCAGGGUAUAAACGAAAACAAAGUGAAAGGUGGGGGGUUUUUGAGUAAUUAAGCCUAUAAUAUAUAUAUAAGUAUAGUAGUUUUAUAUUGUGGUGGCGGUGAGUUAGGGUUUAGUGAGAGUAACUUUUUUAUUUACUUUCGGUUGUUUAAGUGUUGAGUUUGGUGGUAAAAGUUUAAAGUUACCAGCGAAUGGGUAAAAGAAAUUUAUGAAGUGAGCUGAAGCGGCUGCAACAGAACAAAAGAGUUCAUGUAGCCCGCAGCUACUAAUUAAUGUCUUUGUUUUUACUUUUGUUACGUAUUAAUGAGAAUUUCAGUUAUUAUUUAUUGCAAA